UUCUGACGUUCCGGCGGAGCAAAGUAAUAGUGGCGGCGGAGCAAGGUAAUUGCGUCGCGACUCCAAUGGAAUUGGCUCUGUAGGGCGAUUUAGUGUCGUAUUCUGCCUCCCUUCCCUCUCCCGUCCUUCUCCAACUUCGUCGUAUGGAUCGCGAAGCAGUGUUUGAGUUUCUUGGGCAAGUCCCAUUGAUGCAGCGGCUCCCCAGUUCUUCUCUCCGAAAGAUAGCGGAGGUCGUUCAAGUGAAGCAUUACGAGUGUGGUGAGUACGUGGUUCAUGAGGGAGAAACUGGAGAGGGCCUCUACUUUAUCUGGGAAGGCCAGGCUGAGGUUUCUGGAUCUGUUAAUGCAGAGGAAGGGCAUCGGCCAGAGUUCCUACUGAAACAGUAUGAUUAUUUUGGCUAUGGUACCAGUGGUUCCAUUCAUCAAGUUAAUGUGAUUGCAUCAUCUAAGCUGACCUGCUUAGUUCUGCCAGAUGGAUAUAGCAGUUUACUGCAGCCAAAGUCAAUUUGGAAUGCAGAUGAAACACCUGAAAACUUCUCUCUUGUGGAGCAUAUAUUGCACUUGGAACCAUUAGAAGUGGAUAUAUUUCGUGGGUUUACUUUGCCAGAUGCUCCAUCUUUUAAACAAGUUUUUGGUGGACAGUUAAUUGGACAGGCAUUAGCAGCAGCAGCAAAGACUGUGGAUUGCCUUAAAUUUGUGCAUAGUUUGCAUGUGUAUUUUCUUGUGGCUGGAGAUAAUAACUUGCCAAUUAUUUAUCGGGUCCAUCGUGCACGUGAUGGAAAUAGUUUUGCUACUAGAUUGGUAGAUGCAACACAACAUGGUGUUGUCAUAUUUACUUUGUUCGCUUCAUUCCAGAAAGAUGAAGUAGGGUUUGAACACCAGGAAGCUUUAAUGCCUCAUGUGCCAGAUCCGGAGAUGCUCCAAUCAAUGGAAGAGUUACGAGAGAGGCAUCUUACAGAUCCACGCUUUCCCAUGCAUUAUCGCAACACAAUUGCCAGAAAAAAAUUUGUUCCAUGGCCAAUAGAAAUAAGGUUUUGUGAAACAAGCAAUUCUAGGCAACAAUCUCAACCAAGCUUGAAGUAUUGGUUUAGAGCAAGAGGAAAACUUUCAGAUGACCCAGCUUUGCAUAGAUGUGUUGUAGCAUAUGCUUCAGAUCUUAUCUUUGCUGGUGUUAGCCUAAAUCCUCACAAGAAGAAGGGCUUAAAAACAACAUCACUCAGCCUGGAUCACUCGAUAUGGUUCCAUAGGCCUGUGAGAGCUGAUGAUUGGCUAUUAUAUGUGAUUGAGAGCCCAACUGCCUGUGGUGGCCGUGGGUUCUGUACUGGUCGCAUGUUUAACAGGAAAGGAGAGCUCAUCAUGUCAUUGACCCAGGAAGCAUUAAUUAGGAGGGCAAAAUCAGCAAAUCAAAUUGGCAAAGCGAAGCUCUAAGGACUUUUUUUAAAGCAUUUAUGUUUCUUCCUGAGCAUCAACUUGUGUAUCUUAUAUUACUACACCAAUGCAGCCAACGUGACAUGUUCAGCUGCUUAGCACCUUUCUCAUCAGCACUUGGACUGGGAAGUGGUUCCAAAUUCAACUUUGAACAGUGUUCCAAAAUUCAGUACUCAAUACGUAGUAUAUUUAAUGUGCUAUAUUUUCUUUUGUUGCUUAUAUCAUAUGCCUGAGCUUACAGUCU